AUCCUUCUGGUGGUCAGUAGUAAACCCGCAAUUUGGAAAAGGAUAUAGCUCAAAUUCUUGCCAAUCCACUCUCUCUGUUUGCUCAAGACGGCCAAUUUCCCAGCCAAUUCUUCUGCAAUGGCUCGCUUGGCAAACUUAAAUGGAGUCUCCGAAACGCUGCCGGUCCUUCCAAGGUUUCCGAGCGUACAAACAACCCGAAAGAAAGCGAGCUUUAUUUGCUUUACGGGCAAGAAAAGCAAUGAUUUUCAGGAACAGCCACUACAAACUACAAGAAGAAUUGCAUUGGGCCUGGCCUCUGUUGCACUUGUUGGCAACCCCUGCAAUGGUGUCUCUCUUGCUGAGGGCAAUGGGUUCUGGCUCGACGGCCCUCUGCCCGUGCCUUCGGCUCAAAACAAAAUUGCAAAUGAGAAGACGGGAACGCGGUCUUUUCUGAAGAGGGGACUCUACAUGGCAAAUAUCGGAACCAAAGGGAGGAAGUUCAGGCUUAAGAAGUACGCAAAUGAUCUCCUGGCAAUGGCGGAUUUGAUUACGAAAGAUACACUAAACUAUGUCCGAAGGUAUCUGCGGCUGAAAUCCACAUUCAUGUACUUUGAUUUCGACCAAGUUAUCUCUGCAGCACCGGUCGACGAGAAACAACCACUCACAAAUCUUGCUAACAGAUUGUUUGACACCGUCGAAAAGCUUGAUGGCGCCGUGAAGCAACGCGACCUCCCUCAGACAGAAACAUACUACAAAGACACAACAGUUGUUCUCCAAGAGGUCAUGGAUCGAAUGGCGUGAAUUCUUAAAACCUGUUCAUCUGAUAGAGAAAAAUUAGUCUUUCCUACCGAUGUGUAAGUCUCCUUCAAAGCAUAUAACUUGUACACGACAAAUGAGUUAAGAUUUUCCGAGAUUAUGACUAUGAGCGCGGACUA